AUGGAUGUUCCUAAUGCAUUUCUUCAUGUCGAUCUUGAGGAAGAGGUGUAUAUGAGGCCUCCACCUGGUUUUCACGGAGGUAGACCGGGAAUGAUUAGAGUGCUUGUGUAUGUUGAUGAUUUGAUAAUAUCUGGGAAUAAUUCAUCUGCCAUUUCUGCCUUUAAGAAGUAUUUGGGUGAGUGUUUUCACAUGAAGGAUUUAGGGGUUUUAAAAUACUUUCUUGGCAUAGAGGUAGCUCGUAGUCCAGAACGCAUUUUCUUAUGCCAACGAAAGUAUACGCUUGAUAUCAUUUUGGAGGCAGGUUUGCUUGGUUCUCGUCCGAAAGGGUUCCCGAUUGAACAAAAUCACACUCUCGCUCUAGCAAAGGUCGAACCUAUUGCAGAUCUGGAAAUGUAUAGACGCCUUGUCUAUCGUCUAAUAUAUCUAUGUUUUACUCGGCCUGAUUUGGCCUAUACUAUUCACAUCUUAGCUCAUUUUAUGCAGCAACCUCGGCAGGAACAUUGGGAUGCGGCUCUUCGUACUGUUCGCUAUUUAAAAGGGAGUCUGAGUCAAGGGAUUCGUUUAAUUGCAGAUUCUGAUCUCACUUUGACAGAGUGGUGUGACUCUGAUUGGGCAAGUUGUCCUCUUACAAGACGUUCGCUUACAGGUUGGUUGGUGUUUCUUGGUCGAUCCCCAAUAUCGUGGAAGACAAUGAAACAACAAAUAGUUUCUAAAUCGUCCGCAGAGGCGGUGUAA